CUUCCUAUUCUUCACCAAUAUUAUCAGUCAGGGGACCACAUCAUUGCUGGCAUUAUGUCUCAGGUCUACAUAUUUUCAAAUACCAUCACCUUCGAAAAGCAUCCAUCUCAGGAACGUUCUGAUGACCAAAUGAUGAUGACUCAGACCUACCAGCACAUCCUGGCCUUGGCAUUUGCUGUAAAGGAGAUCAACAAAAAAACCCAAAUCUUACCCAAUGUCACCUUGGGAUUCCAUAUAUAUAAUAGCCAGUUUGGUGAAAUCUGGACCUAUCUUGCCUCAAUGGAACUCCUCUCCAGGCAAGGCAGAUUCAUCCCUAACUACAGUUGUGACACAGAGAACACUCUGGUAGCUGUUAUUGGGGGACCCAACUCAAAUGUGUGCCUCCACAUGGCAACCAUCCUCUGUAUGUACAAGAUGCCACAACUCAUAUAUGGCUCUGCUCCACAAAUGAACGACAAAACACAAGCUGUUUUCUUCCACCAGAUGUUCCCAAAUGGGACCCAUCAUUUCAUGGGGAUUCUUCAGUUACUGCUCCAUUUCAAGUGGACAUGGAUUGGAGUGCUUUCUCAGAAUGAGAAAAAUACAGAGAAAUUUAUUGAAAAAAUCCUCCCUGUGUUUUCUGAGAGAGGCAUAUGCUUUGAGUUCAUACAAAGAUUCCCAAAACUAACAUUUAUUGGUGACAUUGAACGCACAGUGAAGGAGGGCUUUGAAACAUUCAGCAUUAUUAUGGAAAGCACUACGAAUAUUGUGGUUGUUCAUGGAGAAAUUCAGGACAUACAUUUCUUAAGAAUGAUACCCGUGGCUGCAGAAUUUGAAGAUAUACCAAUGCAAACUAAAGCAAAAGUUUGGGUGAUGACAGCCCAGAUGGAGUUCACAUCAUUUCACUUUCAAAGAAGUUGGAGCAUGGAGAUCCUCCAUGGUGCUCUAUCCUUUACAAUUCACUCAAAGGAGGUGUUGGGAUUCCAAAGGUUUCUUCAGAUGAGGAGCCCUAAUUCAGAAAAAGAUGAUGGCUUCAUUGAGGACUUCUGGAAAGAGGCAUUUAACUGUUCAUUUCGGAAGAGUGGGAUAGAAGAGAGGGACGGAAAAAUCUGCACAGGAGAAGAGAAGCUGGAGACUCUUCUUGCAUCUGUUUUUGAAAUGAGCAUGACUGGCCACAGCUACAGCAUCUACAAUGCAGUCCAUGCUGUAGCUCAUGCUUUGCACAAUAUGCAGUCAUUCCAGUUCAAACAGCGAACAUUGGCAGAUAGAGAGAUACAGACAUUUCUUAAUCCACAGCCACAACAGUUACACCACUUUCUGAGAAGUGUCUCAUUUAACAACAGUGCUGGUGAAAAGGUUUCCUUUAAUCAAAAUGGUGAAAUCAUUGCCGGUUUUGAUAUAAUCAACUGGAUCGUAUUCCCAAACCAGUCAUUUCAAAGAGUCAAAGUUGGGAAGAUGGAUGUUGUAGGUCUUCCAGAAAAUGUGUUCACUAUUCAAGAGGAUGCCAUAAUCUGGCCCAGGAGGUUUAACCAGAUACUGCCCCAUUCACUGUGCAAUGAUAAUUGCCAACCUGGUUAUAGGAGAGUUAAGAAGGAAGGGGAACCAUUUUGCUGCUUUGAUUGCCGUCCAUGUCCAGAAGGGACAAUCUCAAACCAGAAGAAUGUGGGUGACUGCUUUCAAUGCCCUGAAGAUCAGUAUCCAAAGCACACCAAGGAUGUAUGUGUUCCAAAAAAAAUAAGUUUCCUGUCUUAUGAAGAACCUUUGGGGAUCAGCUUGGCUGUAUUUGCACUGUUCUUUUCUUUCAUCACAACUUUAGUUUUUGGGAUCUUCAUUAAGCACCAGGACACUCCCAUUGUCAAAGCCAACAACCAGAACCUCACUUAUACUCUCCUUGUUUCCCUCCUGCUCUCAUUCCUUUGCACUUUGCUAUUCAUUGGUCGACCCGAGAAAGUGACAUGUCAACUUCAACAACCUGCUUUUGGCAUCAUCUUCUCAAUGGCAGUUUCUUGUGUGUUGGCCAAAACCACCAUUGUGGUUCUUGCUUUUAUGGCCACAAAGCCAGGAUCCAGCAUGAGGAAAUGGGUGGGGAAAAGACUGGCACUCGUCAUUGUUAUUUCCUGCUCCUUUAUUCAAGUCACCAUUUGUAUUGUGUGGCUAGCAAUUGCUCCACCAUUCCCAGAUUUUGACAUGCAAUCAGUGACUGAAGAACUUGUGCUAGAAUGUAAUGAAGGGUCCACUAUCAUGUUCUACUGUGUCUUGGGCUACAUGGGCUUCCUGGCUACUGUCAGCUUCACUGUGGCUUUCCUAGCUAGGAAGUUACCAGACUCUUUUAAUGAAGCCAAAUUCAUCACCUUCAGCAUGUUGGUCUUCUGCAGUGUGUGGCUUUCCUUUGUUCCAACCUACCUGAGCACUAAAGGAAAAUACAUGGUGGCUGUGGAGAUCUUCUCCAUUUUAUCUUCCAGUGCUGGUUUACUCGGCUGCAUCUUUUCUCCCAAAUGCUUUAUCAUUUUGUUGAGGCCUGACUUAAACAAAAGAGGGCAGCUUAUAAGAAAUAUUAAAUAA